UCCCAAAACGCGAAGAAGAUAAACAACAACAACAAAAAAUGAGGAAUGUGAUGAAUAGAAUAUACUUCUCCAAAUCACUCUCUCUCACUCCUCCCCACCUCCCAUUCUUCCAUCUCUCCGCCGCAGCUUCCUCUCCCAACCGAGCGGUUCACUGCAUGGCAGACGACUCCCCACUCUCUCAACCGCCGAAUCGAAGCGGAGAUGGUUCCGUCUCCGUCCCCCCUCCUUCUCCCGCUUCCUCCGCCAUAGAUUUUCUCUCGCUCUGCUCUCGCCUCAAGACAACGCCAAGAGCUGGAUGGGUUAAGAGAGAUGUGAAGAAUCCAGAAUCAAUAGCGGAUCACAUGUACCGGAUGGGUCUUAUGGCGUUAGUUUCUUCAGAUAUCCCCGGUGUUAACAGAGACAAAUGCAUGAAAAUGGCAAUUGUUCACGACAUUGCAGAAGCCAUUGUAGGGGAUAUUACACCUUCUUGCGGGGUCUCUAAAGAAGAGAAAAACCGAAGAGAGAGCGAAGCACUUGAACACAUGUGCAAACUCUUGGGUGGAGGAGAAAGAGCUGAAGAAAUCGCUGAGCUGUGGAGAGAAUACGAAGCGAACGCAUCACCAGAAGCCAAACUUGUUAAAGAUUUCGAUAAGCUUGAGAUGAUACUACAGGCUUUGGAGUAUGAACAAGAGCAAGGUAAAGAUUUAGAAGAGUUUUUCCAAUCAACUGCAGGGAAGUUUCAGACUGAUAUUGGCAAAGCUUGGGCGUUGGAGAUUGCUUCAAGAAGAAGAAAGCGGCAAUAGUUAGUUCUCACUUGAGCUAAAUACUCUCUUUACGCUCAACUUUAAUCAUUUUAAGAGACUUAAAUGUGGAUCUACAACUUAAGGGUAACUCUUGUAGCUAAAUACUUGAAGCCUAAAAUUCUUUAAAAAGCGCAUCGGCUAUUUUAUGGGUUUAA